UCCUAGGCGGGGAGCAUGGCGGGGACCGUGGUACUGGACGACGUGGAGCUGCGAGAAGCGCAGAGAGAUUACCUGGACUUCUUGGAUGACGAGGAAGAUCAGGGAAUUUAUCAGAGCAAAGUUCGGGAGCUGAUCAGUGACAACCAAUACCGGUUGAUUGUCAAUGUGAAUGACCUGCGCAGGAAAAAUGAGAAGAGGGCUAACCGCCUCCUGAGCAAUGCCUUUGAGGAGCUGGUUGCCUUCCAGCGGGCUUUAAAGGAUUUUGUGGCCUCCAUUGAUGCUACCUAUGCCAAGCAGUAUGAAGAGUUCUACAUAGGAUUGGAGGGCAGCUUUGGCUCUAAGCAUGUGUCUCCCCGGACUCUCACUUCCUGCUUCCUCAGCUGUGUAGUCUGUGUGGAGGGCAUUGUCACUAAGUGCUCUCUAGUUCGUCCCAAAGUCGUCCGCAGUGUCCACUACUGCCCUGCUACCAAGAAGACUAUAGAGCGACGCUAUUCUGAUCUCACCAGCCUGGUGGCUUUUCCGUCCAGUUCUGUAUAUCCUACCAAGGAUGAGGAAAACAAUCCCCUUGAGACAGAAUAUGGGCUUUCUGUCUACAAGGACCACCAGACCAUCACCAUCCAGGAGAUGCCGGAGAAGGCCCCCGCUGGCCAACUCCCCCGUUCUGUGGAUGUCAUUCUGGAUGAUGACUUGGUAGAUAAAGUGAAGCCUGGUGAUCGAGUCCAGGUGGUAGGGACCUACCGUUGCCUUCCUGGAAAGAAGGGAGGCUAUACUUCAGGGACCUUCAGGACUAUCCUGAUUGCCUGUAACGUGAAACAAAUGAGCAAGGAUGUUCAGCCUUCAUUCUCUGCUGAGGAUAUAGCCAAGAUCAAGAAGUUCAGUAAAACUCGUUCCAAGGAUAUCUUUGACCAGCUGGCCAGGUCAUUGGCCCCUAGCAUCCAUGGGCAUGACUAUGUUAAGAAAGCCAUUCUCUGCUUGCUCUUGGGAGGGGUGGAACGAGACCUAGAAAAUGGCAGCCACAUCCGUGGGGACAUCAAUAUUCUCCUAAUCGGGGACCCAUCGGUUGCCAAGUCUCAGCUUCUACGCUAUGUGCUGUGUACUGCGCCCCGGGCUAUCCCCACCACUGGCCGGGGUUCCUCUGGAGUGGGUCUGACCGCCGCUGUCACCACAGACCAGGAAACUGGGGAACGCCGUCUGGAAGCGGGAGCCAUGGUCCUUGCUGAUCGAGGUGUGGUUUGUAUCGAUGAAUUUGACAAGAUGUCCGACAUGGACCGCACGGCCAUCCACGAAGUGAUGGAGCAGGGUCGAGUCACCAUCGCCAAAGCUGGCAUCCAUGCUCGGCUGAAUGCCCGCUGUAGUGUUUUGGCAGCUGCCAACCCCGUCUAUGGCAGGUACGAUCAGUACAAGACCCCUAUGGAGAACAUUGGGCUGCAGGACUCACUGCUGUCCCGAUUUGACUUACUCUUCAUCAUGCUGGAUCAGAUGGAUCCUGAGCAGGAUCGAGAGAUCUCAGACCAUGUCCUUAGGAUGCACCGUUACAGGGCACCCGGGGAGCAGGAUGGCGAUGCUAUGCCUUUGGGUAGUGCCGUGGAUAUCCUGGCCACAGAUGAUCCCAAUCUUAACCAGGAGGACCAGCAGGACACCCAGAUUUAUGAGAAGCAUGACAACCUUUUGCAUGGGACCAAGAAGAAAAAGGAGAAGCUGGUGAGUGCAGCUUUCAUGAGGAAGUACAUCCAUGUGGCCAAAAUCAUCAAGCCCGUCCUAACUCAGGAGUCAGCCGCCUACAUUGCAGAAGAGUAUUCACGCCUGCGCAGUCAAGACAGCAUGAGCUCAGACACCGCCAGGACAUCACCAGUUACAGCCCGGACCCUGGAAACUCUGAUUCGCUUGGCCACAGCCCAUGCCAAGGCCCGCAUGAGCAAGACUGUGGACCUGCAGGAUGCAGAGGAAGCUGUAGAGUUGGUCCAGUAUGCUUACUUCAAGAAGGUUUUAGAGAAGGAGAAGAAACGUAAGAAGCGAAAUGAGGAUGAAUCAGAGACAGAUGAUGAAGAGGAGAAAAGCCAGGAGGACCAAGAGCAGAAGAGGAAGAGGAGGAAAACUCGUCACUCUGAUGCCAAGGAUGGGGGCUCCUAUGACCCCUAUGACUUCAGUGACACAGAGGAGGAAAUGCCUCAAGUGCAUACUCCAAAGACCGCAGACUCACAGGAGACCAAGGAGUCCCAGAAGGUGGAAUUGAGUGAAUCCAGGUUGAAGGAAUUCAAGGUGGCACUCUUAGAUGUGUUCCGGGAAGCUCAUGCACAGUCGGUGGGCAUGAAUCGCCUCACAGAAUCCAUCAACCGGGACAAAGAAGAGCCUUUCUCUUCAGCAGAGAUCCAGGCUGCACUGAGCAAGAUGCAGGAUGACAACCAGGUCAUGGUUUCUGAGGGCAUCAUCUUCCUCAUCUAA